CAUGCGUGCAGCACGUAAGGCUUGCGAGAAAAUAACCCAGAAAGAGGCUGGAAAACGUGUAUGGGUGACGAGUGAAUGCAUAUCGGCGACACUAUAUGGAACAGCUCUGUCCCUCUUUUCUUUCGUGCUUUUACGAUUACUCUUGGAACGUGACGCAUACAACAUGCCAGAACUCAUGAUGGAAACAGAUUACUUGCACUGGGAAUUACCGUUACCUGCCGUAUCCGUUUGCGAAGAAGAUAACAAGGAAGCAAUAGAAAAGUUCGUGCGGAGUUAUUAUAUUGAAGAAGAUGAGGUGAUAAAAGUCUCAUCCUUUCUGGAAAAUCUAGUCCAUCCUAGAGCUAAUUAUUGCAUCAGCUGCAUAGCUUCUUGCAACAGUUGUCCUAAACAAGGAUACUCAACUUUAGUGUCCAAGUUGUCUGCUUCAUGUGACGAUACAUUCGUGGAAUGUAAAUGGCGAGGACAGGCUUUCAACUGCUGUCAGCAUUUCCAUCCCCUACUGACACCCUGGGGGCGCUGCUUUAGUCUCAACUCACGUCAAACAAAAUCCGUUGAACAAGUGCAACUAUUUACUGUCAAUCACAACGAGAGAAAUAAUAUACUAGAGAUGAAGUAUAAGAGACCUGUCAAGCUACAUCUUCAUGAUCCUUAUGACAUUGACUUCUCAAAGCCAUUAGCAAACUCAAAACGUACACAAAAUAUUGAAGGAAGUGUUACCAUGGGUCACAAAUUACAAGUCAUAUAUAAGUUUCGUAACAUAGAUAUUCAUCAGUCUGCAUGGGAACUGAAAAGAAAUCAGAGGGGAUGUACAUUGCCACGAGAAAUUGAUCUCAGAUACUACAGAGAAUACAGUCUCUCAGCAUGUUUAGCUUCAUGUGAAGUUAAAAAUCAAAUGUGGUUCUGCAAUUGCUCUCACCAUCUGCUAUCUCCAAACAGGAAAGUCAAAGAAUGCAAUUUUGAAGGUCUUCAUUGUUUAGAUACUUACUUUGGUGUUAAUGGGAAAGAAAACAGGAAAAAAUAUCAGAAACAAAAGAUAAGAUGUCAAUGCCUACCAGCUUGCCAAGGUACUGAAAUACGUACAGUAUACAAAGCUGUCACCAGCACAGGUGACCAGAAUAUCUCUUCAGAGUUACAGUUGACAACAGCAGCAACAGAAAAAAUUACCAUGCACUCAAGGUUAAGAAUGGUGGAUUUUCUUGUUGCAGUGGCAUGCCUUAGUAGACUUUUUACUGAACUCACUUUGUAUGAUGUUGUUGUCAUCCUCUUCAGUGGAGCAAGAUCCAUUACACGUCAUCUAAAGAACAGUUUUACUAAAAGACCAUCCAUACAUACUUCUUAAAGGGAAAAGACCCAUGACACAGUGCGCUGCAGUGAAGAAACAUUAAUCAUCAGAUACCCUAAAAUUUCAGAAAUUAGCAAUUGAGAGU